CGAAGUCCCAAACCCCGAAAAAGGGCGGUGCUAGGGGUAGUGACCGGAAGCGGCUGCGGUUCUCGCCGGUUCUCAGCCGGGGUUACAUAGUUGUCAGGAGGAUUCGACGUUCAGUGCCCAGGGAUGUGGAGGGUUCUUGAAGUCUCUGAAGAGUCCCUGGGCCAGAUCUCAUAGUGAAGGCUGCAGUAUCUUCCUUCUGACCCCAGCAGUUCCCGUUGAGUCCACCGAUCCCACUGGAAUUCUAGAGUUGUCUGCAAGAAAGCCCGGAGGCUGAAGUCCAAGUCCGUCGGGAACAUGCCAGCUAACGAGGACACUCCCCAGCCAGGGGGACAUGGCAGUGCCUGUGAGGUAUCAGUGUCAUUUGAGGAUGUGACUGUGGACUUCAGUAGAGAAGAGUGGCAGCAACUGGACUCUACUCAAAGACGCCUGUACCAGGACGUAAUGUUGGAGAACUACAGCCACCUGCUGUCAGUGGGGUUCGAAGUUCCCAAACCAGAGGUCAUCUUCAAGUUGGAGCAAGGAGAGGGGCCAUGGACCUUGGAAGGGGAAACUCCACGUCACAGCUGUUCAGAUGGGAAAUUUGGCAUUAAGCCUUCCCAGAAAAGAAUUUCUGGAAAAUCUACAUUUCAUAGUGAAAUGGAGGGUGAAGAUACACGAGAUGAUUCAUUGUAUUCUAUUUUAGAAGAAUUGUGGCAAGAUGCUGAGCAGAUACAGAGAUGUCAGGAAAAACAAAACAAACUUCCGAGUCACACUACUUUCCUCAGUAAGAAAAUAUUGAAUACAGAGUGGGAUUAUGAAUAUAAAGACAUUGGAAAAUUUGUCCAUCCAAGUCCAAAUCUCAUUCUUUCACGGAAAAGACCCCAUAAAUGUGAUUCAUUUGGGAAGAGUUUUAAGCAUAAUUUAGACUUACAUAUUCAUAAUAAAAGCAAUGCAGCAAAGAACCUGGAUAAAACUAUUGGGCAUGGUCAGGUUUUCACCCAGAGCUCUUCUUAUAAUCACCAUGAAAGUACACAUGCAGGCAUGAAGUUCUGUGAACGUAAUCAAUGUGGAAAAGUCCUCAGCCUCAAACAUUCACUCAGUCAAAAUGUGAAAUUUCCCGUUGGAGAGAAAGCAAACACAUGUACUGAAUUUGGGAAGAUCUUCACCCAGAAGUCACACUUCUUUGCUCCUCAGAGAAUUCAUACUGUGGAAAAACCUCAUGAGCUUAGCAAAUGUGUAAAUGUUUUUACACAGAAGCCACUACUCAGUAUAUAUCUGAGAGUUCAUAGAGGAAAACUCUACAUAUGUACUAAAUGUGGGAAGGCCUUCAUCCAGAAUUCAGAAUUAAUUGUGCAUGAGAAAACUCAUACUAGAGAGAAACCCUUUAAAUGCAAUGAAUGUGAGAAAUCAUUUUUCCAGGUAUCAUCUCUACUCAGGCAUCAGACAACUCAUACUGGAGAAAAACUCUUUGAAUGCAGUGAAUGCGGUAAAGGGUUCUCCCUGAACUCAGCCCUCAAUAUACAUCAGAAAAUUCAUACUGGAGAGAGACAUCACAAAUGCAGUGAGUGUGGGAAAGCCUUUACCCAAAAAUCAACACUCAGGAUGCAUCAGAGAAUUCAUACAGGAGAGAGGUCUUAUAUCUGUACUCAGUGUGGGCAGGCCUUCAUCCAGAAGGCACACUUGAUUGCACAUCAAAGAAUUCAUACUGGAGAGAAGCCUUAUGAAUGCAGUGACUGUGGGAAAUCUUUCCCUUCUAAGUCACAACUCCAGAUGCAUAAGCGAAUUCACACUGGCGAGAAACCCUAUAUAUGCUCUGAAUGUGGGAAGGCUUUCACCAACAGGUCAAAUCUCAAUACUCACCAGAAGUCUCAUACUGGAGAAAAGUCUUACAUAUGUGCUGAAUGUGGGAAGGCCUUCACUGACAGGUCAAAUUUCAAUAAACACCAAACCAUUCAUACUGGAGAGAAACCCUAUGUUUGUGCUGAUUGUGGGAGGGCCUUCAUCCAGAAGUCAGAGUUGAUUACACAUCAGAGAAUUCAUACUACAGAGAAGCCUUAUAAAUGUCCUGACUGUGAGAAAUCCUUCUCCAAGAAACCACAUCUCAAAGUACAUCAACGAAUUCACACAGGGGAGAAACCAUAUAUAUGUGCAGAAUGUGGGAAAGCCUUCACUGAUAGGUCAAAUUUCAAUAAACAUCAAACAAUUCAUACUGGAGAUAAACCCUAUAAAUGCAGUGACUGUGGAAAGGGCUUCACCCAGAAAUCAGUUCUCAGUAUGCAUCGCAAUAUUCAUACAUGAAAGUAACCCUGUUUCUUGAAAAUGAGAGCCUUAUCACAAAAGUCAGGUCUAACUAUAUAUUAUAAAAUGCAUCCAAGACAGAUCCUAUAUGAAUAUGUUGUAUAAGAAAAAGCAUCAGGCUAUCUCACUUGAGAUGGGAAAAAAAUUAUUCAGAAGAAACACUCUUAAGAAUGCACUGAAGGAGGGAGAAUUUCUAUAUUUGCACAGCCUCAUGAAAUAUAGUGGAAGUCAUUGGGAAAAAUGUCAGUUUGGUGUGGUAGGAAAAGCCUUCCUAUAGAAAGUAUUAUAAGUCAAAUUGUUACCAAAUUCUUCAUAGGAAGGAGAGUGCAAAUUACGUAAAUGAUGGUCAUGUUUACUGUGUUAUAUUAAGCAAUUUAAAGUGAUAAAAUGAAAGAUAGUGCAGCAAAAUAAUAUAACUGAUGAGUAGACCUACUGUCAGUUCUAUAGGGUGUUUGUGGCAGAACACAGUACGUAACAGGAGUAAUAUUCACUUUUUUUCAAAUUUAGAAUAUAUUCAUCAAAUGUUUCUUACUGAAUAUGUCUAUCAAAUAUGUUUCUUAUUGAAUAUUUCUAUCAAGUGAAUCCACAAUUUAAAAGUCACUUUGGUUUUAUAUAUACACACAUCUGCAGAUAUAAUUUUAUAUGAACACACAAAUACAAUCCUAUCAUUCAUAUUGGUGUCCAUGACAUAGUAUCCAUGACAUGUUUUCUUUCAUUGUGGUACAAUGCAAAGUAGCCACAGAUUCCUCCCAUCCCAAGUAGCAUCUCUUUGUCUACUGUUUGACUUUGAACUUGGCCAUGUGACUUUCUUUGGCCAAUGGACAUUAGCAAAGAGAAUCAAUAAGAAGCUUGAGAAGUGUGCAAAGCUUGCCUUGAAGCUUACCCUCUCUUGCUGCUCUUUGCAAACCUGAGGAAUCUCGAAUUGCCCUAUGGGGGGAUGAAAAACCACCACAUGGAGCAGUGGUGAGCCAGCCCUGCUGAGGCCUCUUAGACCAAGUAGCCUGCCAACUGUCAGAAUUGGGAGUGAGGUUUACCCAGACCUCUAGCCCCAGCUGAGCCAGCCUAGCCCAGAAGAGCCAUACCAGUUAUUCCAGCCAAUUUACAGAAUUGUGAGAUAAAUAAAAUUAUAGUUGUAAUCAACAUAAGUUUUUGGGGUAGUUUGUUGUCCAGAAAAUGCUGAGUAAUAUUUGAAAGUAUUUUACUGGGGGAGGGGGCAUAGUGGACCAAAACGUGACAUGUGGCAUUGGCUUUGAGUCUGAGUGGCAGGUAGAAACCGGAAAAAAACAGUGAGGAAAUCUGUGAACAAAGGUUGGAUAGAUGGCAACCCAUUUAGUAGGGAAAAAUAUAGAAAAGCAAUUGUCAUCAUACUCUGUGGGAAGAUAGAGAAUGGACCAAAUGAACUUAUGGAUCUGGCUAAGGAGAUUUGCAGCAGUAUAUGGGAAGUGUCAGUUUGCUUCUUUUAGCUGCACAUGAUAAGAUACAGAAAGAGAGAAAUGAACUAAAGAAAUAACUUAUCCGUUGGCAAGCAGGAUUCAGAAGACAUACAGAAAAGACAAUGAUUGCUGGGUUGGAAAAUAACAGUUCACAUCGCUAGUCUCUCCAGCAAUCAAAAUAUUCUUAAGGUAAAACAUGGCCUCAGGGUAAAGAUCAAAUCAUGGUUGUGUCUAUAAGACUCUGUAUUACAAUGUGUGAAAUAGUUAAGUUGGUGCUUAGGAGACCAUCUCAGCUAAACUUAAGGGCUUCUAAAAAUCUUCAUGACAUUGUACCUUAGAAGACUGACAUACUACUCAAAGUUGAGAGAGAUCUAUCUUUGAAAGAAUUUCUGAUGUGGCAUUUGGGGAAAGGAGUAGAUCCAAACCAGAUUCAUAGGAAACAAAGUUUUAAUAGAGUUUUACUAGUAAUACUACCUCCAGGUUGGACUUCCAGGGACCGAAACAGUUCAAAAUGAAAAGUGGCCCCUGGGUUCCCCUCCCUAAAUUCUAUGAAUAGGAUACAAGCUGAGAAAGUUACUCAAUUGCAAGCAUGGUCCAUCUCUUAUGGGAAAUGAAGGGCAUCUCAGAGGGAAGACCCAAGAACAAUAUAUUAAAAUGGACUGGGGAGCCAUUCCCAGUGAGAACUGUGCCCUGAUCAAGAAACAUUAUCUGCCCCUGGAGCCAGGGUAACUGACAUUUGCUCUGUGGGAUUUUAGAAUUGUUAUGGAACAGUGACUUAUAUGUGCCUCUUGGUCCUCCUCUUUUUGAAUGGGAGUGUCUAACACAGUUAUCCUGUACCUAUCCCAUCAUUGUAUAUAUUGGGUAUGUGUUGGGGGGCAUAUAACUUGUCAUUUAGCUCACAGGUGUCUGGAUCAAGAAACUGAAAAACUGUACCCAGGGAACCUCAGGCACAACUGAACCUGAUACAGAAGACUUGAGAUCCGGGAUUGGAACUUGAUGCCACAAUUUUGGAUGAGAAAUUUGGACGUCCUGGAAUAGGGGUGAACAUAUUUUGCAUGAUGGGUGGUAAUGUGAAUAAUUUGUGACCAGAAGACCUACUGUGUUAGAUAGAAAAAUGCUACAGAUGUCUUCAUCCCUAUCUAUGUGUCCUUUUUCAGUCUUUAUAUCUCUUUGUGUUUCAGGUAGAAUAAUUUCUAUUGAUCUAUCUUCAAGUUCGCUGAUUUUUUUUCCCUUACCUGGCUCUGUCAAGUCUGCUGAUGAAACUAUUGAAGGCAUUAUUCAACUCAGUUAGAUUUUAUUUUUAUUUCUGAUAUUUCCAUUUGAUUCUUAUAGUUGUCAUAUUUCUGCUGAAAUUCCCCAUCUUCUCAUGCAUGUUCAUGUUUUCCCCGAUACCCUUUGUCUUAGUUUGGGCUGCUAUGGCAAAGCACCGUAGAUUUGAUGGCUCAUAAACAACGGAAAUUUAUUUCUCACAGUUCUAGAGCAUGAAAAUCUGAGAUCAGAAUCCAGCAUGGUUCGGUCUUGGUGACUGCCCUCUUCAAGGUUGCAAACUGCUGACUUCUUGUAUUUUCCCAUGUCUACAGACAGAGAGCUCUUUGGGAUCCCGUAUAUAAGGGCACCAGUCCCAUUCAUGAGGUCUCCACCCACAUUACCUAGCUACCUCCCAAAGGCUCUACCUCCUAAUACCAUCACAUUGAGGAUUAGGAUUUUAACAUAUGAAUUUGUGGGGGGAUGCAAAUGUUCAGCCCAUAGUACCCUCUAACAUACUAAUCAUAGUUAUUUUAAACUCCCUGUCUGUUAGUUCCAACUAGUAGGUCAACUCAGUCUAGAUCUGUUGAUUGCUUUAUCUCUUAAUGGUAAAUUGUCUUCUCUUGCUCUUUUGCAUCUAAUAAUUUUUGGCUGAAUGUCAGAUGUUGUAUGCAGGAUAGUAGAAACUGAGAUAAAUAGCAGUUAUUCCUGGAAAUAGCCAUGGUUGCCCUUUUGAUCGGCCAUUAGCAUGGGGGGAUUGAAUCCAUCUAGUCAGGAGUUAGGCUGAGUUUGUGCUUCUUUGUUGCCAGUGUUACCUUUGCUGUACUAUAGACUUAAAAUUCCUCUGAUGUUAUCUUGUGCUUGAGGUAGACACUGGCUUGCCCAGAGAAUUUUUAUUAUUCCCAGACCACACUUGCCUUUAGGCCUGUAGGCCUUUCCUGUGUGCUAGCAUCUCAAGGAGGGCCACUCUCCAUGUUAUUGCCUCUGUGUUAGUAGUAGACAAACUUAUUACUUGGUUCUGGCUGACCUGGUGAGUUGGGGGGGGGGUUGUCCUGGGCCAGCCUCAGUUUUUGUCAGGUCCUGAAUCCCUGGGUCUUGAGGGUGGGGUUUUUCAGUGAUCCUGCCCUCUUCCACUGGUAGAGGGCCUUUAAUGAUCUGGGACCAGAAUGGUUUCCUGCCCUUUUACCAUGGGUGGAAUUUUUUUUUUCAAUUUCCCUCACUCAAGUCACAGUGAGGGAAAUUGAAAUUUUCCUGUGUCCUGAGGGCAACAAGGUUGCUGAAAUUCUCCUAGUGGCUUAAGGAUUUUGUUCCGUAAGGGAGUAGGGUCCCAUUGGGGCUUUGUGCCAUUUCUGUAUUAGCAGCAGUCCCCUUGCAGUCGUACCCCACGGAGGUAGGCUUUCUCCAGUCUUCUUCCUUGCCCCCGUGUUUCUUGUGAGCACUCAGUGGAUGUCUAUGGAGAAGAGCCUGCAAGUAGAGGCCAACUACCCUUAGGUCUACAGCUCUCACGAGUCUCCCACACUCAACCUUUAGCAAUUCAUUAAAAAUUCUUGUUGAAUUCUUACUGCGUAUAUGGUGGCCUCAUCUUCUUCCUUCCCACUUUCAAGCUAGUUGUUUGCUCUAUAAUCUUAGCUCUCUGAAGUGUUCAAGAAAAAUAAUGUUUUUGCAGAUUACCCAGCUUUAUUCUUGUCAUGAUGUCUGCAUCCUAGGCAGGAACUAGAAGUCUGGACAGUCUCUACUGUCUCCUACUAUCAGAAUAUAUGCCCCUUUUCAGUGUGACUUUGCCACUUCACCCAUCAAGAGGUAGGAUCUAUUUCUUCACCCCUGAAACUGGGCUUGACCAUUUGUUGGCCAAUGGAACAUCAACAAAUAUUAUACAAGCAGAGGCUUGAGAAGUGCCUGCACAAUGAGGCUUGCCCACUUUUGCAUCUCUUUGGAAUCCUGAACCUGUGUUUGAAAAGCCUGAACUGUGCUGUUGGAAAAUGAGAGAGAUCACAUGGAGCAGUAAGAUCACAUGGAGCAAACACCAGCCAUCCCAGUUGAAACACCCUACACCAACACCACAUGUCACAGCUAUCUGACAGGAAUAAUGCAUCUAUAAACCAAAUAACACCUGAGGCUCCCUAGCACCUUCAGAGGGAGCAUGGCCCUGAUGAUACCAUCAUUCAGAUCUCUAGCCUCCAGAGCUAUAAGACAAUUUUGCUGUUUUAGGCUGCCUAAUUUGUGGUACUUUGUUAUAGCAGCCCUAGGAAUCAAAUAUGCUUCUUAGUCAAAUCUAUGAUAGGUACUAGUGUAUGAAGCCAUCCUAGGCAUCCAGUCUUGGUCAACGCAACUUUGGUUGGCAGCCUCUGAGAUAACCCUGAGUGAUCCCCACCUCUUGGCAUUCGUGCUCUUAUAUAAUGCCCUCCUCUUGAGUUUAGACUAGAAUUAGUGACUUGGUUCUAGUGAAAAGAAUGAGGCAGAGGUAAUGGGAUUUCAUGUCCAAGAUUAGUUACAAAAAGACUAUGACUUCCAUUUUGGGUGCUUGCUUGCUUUCUCAGAUGGCUCAACAUAGAGGAAACCUGCUGCCACAUCAUGAGAUAGCCCUGUGGAAAGGCCCACAUGAGUGAACUUGGAAUCAUAUCUUCCCCAAGUUUAGCCUUCAGAUGAGGACCACAGCCAGAUAGCUUGACUGUAAGCCAGAUAUCAUGACUCAUGAGAGACCUUCAGCCAGAGGCAUCUUUUGAGCCACACUUGAAUUCAUGACCCACAGAAACUGCGAGAUAAUAAAUGUUGUUUUAAGCUGCUAAAUUUUAGGGUAAUUCGUUACACAGUAAUAGUUUAAUAAUAUACUGGCCCAGAUUAGGAAGGUUCUGCCAUCCAUCCCAACCAUCCAAACAACUACCAGAAUAAUGAUUAAAACAUUAAUUAAGUCACUAAGUUUUGGGUGGCAUGAUACCAACCCAGAAAAAGCUAAUUGAUAUAUUCAUUAUUUAUUGCGUUUCUUCCUCCACUGUUCUUCCCUAACAGAUAACCAAUACUAAUCAACUACUGAGAACACUUUGUUUUCAUAUCUGCUCGUAAUUAUAUAUAGACAUACAUAUGUUCCCAUGCCUAUAAUCAGAUAGAAGUUAUAUAAGGAUUGUUUCCUUCUUUGAUUUUCAAAAAUGGGAUCAUAAAUACAACUAUCUCUGUAGCUUGCUUUAUUAUUCAACAAUAUUUCUUUUGAAUGGUUUGCAUGAUCGUUCAUGGGGUGGAUAUUCAAUAACGUAGUAUUAAACUAUUUGCAUUUUUAAAAUUUAUUCACUCCCAUUUUCAACCUAUUUGUCACUGGGAACAAUGCUGUUCAAAAUAUUAAAAGAUAUUUUUGCUAUUUUACAAUAUACAAUAAUGUAGUAUAUAGUGGUUAGGUAGAUAAGCUCAGGAACCCAUCUGCCAGGGUUUCAAUCCUGGCUCUACUAGCUUUACUAACUAACCUUGGGAAGGUUAGUUAAACUCUCUGGUCCUGAUGGUUUUCAUCUGUAGGUACUAGUGCAGUCACACUAGUACCUAUCAGUAGAUUUGACUAAGAAGCAUAUUUGUUUCCUAAGGCUGCUAUAACAAAGUACCACAAAUUGGGCAGCCUAAAACAGCAGAAAUUGUCUCAUAGUUCCGGAGGCUAGAGAUCCGAAUCACAGUGUCAGCAGAACCAUGCUCCCUCUGAAGGUGCUAGGGAAGGAACUGUUCCAUGCCUUUCUCCUAGCUUUUGAGAGCCUCAGGUGUUAUUUGGCUUAUAGAGGCAUUAUUCCUGUCAGGUGGCUGUUUUCUCCCUGUGUUUCUUCAUAUGUUCCCUCUGUGUGUCUGUUUCCAAAUUUCCCCUUUUAUAAGGACACCAGUUAUAUUGGAUUGGUGUUCACCUUAAUGGCCCCAUUUUAACUUCAUUACCUCUGUAAAGACUCUAUUUCCAAAUCAAGUUAUAUUCUGAACUCUCUGUGCUUGGGACACUGAGGUGGGAUUUGAGAGUUUGUUUCUGGCAUCUUAGUGUCAUCCAGCUAUCUAAAGAAAAUAUAGGUGGUAACAGGAAAAGCAGGCCUAAGACCAAAGCUUGUGCUUUGGGUCGAGAAGGAUAUAAGUAUAGAAGAUAAUGAGAAGGAGCAGCCAGAGAGGUAAAAACAUACCAGGUGAGCAAGGGGCUCAUAGAAGACAGUGUUUCCAAGGAGUGUUUUAAUGGAGGACUUGUCCAAAUUGCACAUCAGUUCAUAUGAGGAUGGAAAAUUUGUUCUUGAUUUUGUGACACAGAGGUUGUUGUUGGCUUUGAUGAAUGCUAUUUUGGAAGUAAAUUUAACUAAACAAAGCAAUUGAGCAAAUUCAGAGGAAUUUCUGAAUUCAGUUAGUGUUACUUCACCAUAAAGCAUUUUUUGUCACAGAAAAAUAUCAGGCCAUGGACUGGAUUACUCUGUUGUUUGGUAAUCUGUCGAUUACUCUGUCGUCUCAUUUCUUAUAUUGAGAAAUGAGAGUUGGCUAAAAGUGGAAAUUACAUGAGAUUUGGAAGCCCAAAGGGAAGGAGCAACUAUUGCUCAAAUUGUCACUGUAUCUAAUCUCAAAGACUACUGUAUUUGAGAUUAGAUACAGUGAAGGACAGAUGCAGAGGUACCCAGCAGGUUCCAGUUUUUCCUAUCUUCCACUCUAUAUCCACCCCUUCUUUCCAGCUUCCAGUCCUGCUGACCAACAGUAGUGCCAGGUCUACCACCAGAUGCUUGGCUGCAGGCUCACAAAGGCUUCUCAUGGAUUUCUCCAUCAGCUUCUCUUUGCAGUCCCACGUCAGCAGCUACAUGUGCCUGGCUUCUCAGAUUUUCCUGAAAGCUCUGAUUUAUCCAUCCAUGCCAAUGUCCGUAAAGGGCUGGUUUAGUGAUUUCUCUAGUCUUCUAACUUCCCCUUCCAUACCUUCCCCAGCUACUCCUAUACAUUGUGCAUGCAUCCCUUAUUCCAUAAUACUCAUAGUUAUUAAGCUUCCCUGAUUGACACAUUUAUACUUUAUUUUCCUGUGAAUUUGGUAGAUUGUGCUCUUCUAAAAUUGAGUGAUGUUAUUGAGAAGUCUUAGACAAAAUUGCUCUCUUUUUUCUUGUAUAUAAUGUGCCUUUCUGCCAUAUGAUUCUUUUUUUAUUCUUUAAGUUAAUGAUCUAUGGAAGCAUAUGCCUUGGUCCUGAUUUUUGUGUAUGAAUUUUACCUGAAUUAUAGUGAGCCAUUCCAAUCAUUCAUUUCAGGGAAGUUUUAUUUUGCUUAACAUUUUUUUCUGAUCCAUUUCUUCUCUUCUUCAGGAACAUCAAUUAUGCAUAUGUAAGAUGUCUUUGUAAUCUUCUACAUUCAUUUUCUACCAAUCAACAUUCAUUUCACAUUUUUUUUGUUUUGUAUGAUUGACUCUAGCCUUCUCUUCAGAGACAAUUCUCCUUGAAUCUCAUGUUUCUUCAUGUUUAGACAUUAACAAGCAACUUGCUCAGUUUUAUUUACAUUCCAGGAUAGUAAACACAGAGAAUGUCUCCCUCCCUGAAGACAUUCCCAGAGAAGAUUUGGUUACAUUCCAGGUUAAUAAAGAUUACAUAUAUAUAUAUAUAUAUCUCCAAAGAAGAGGACGGGCAAUAAAACAAUAUAACAAGAUUUCCCCAACAUCUUAAUUAUGUAUAUUUUAAUCAUAUAGAAAUAUUGAAAACAUACUACAAUAAACAUCCAUAUAACAUCCAUCUAGAUUUAACAAUUUAUAUGUAAUUUUUCCUGAAAUAUCAGUGGUAAGUUAUAGACAUAACAUUAUACCCAUAAAUAAUCGGACAUUCAUCUCCUAAAAAUAAGGACAUUCUCCCACAGACCUGGAAUAUCAUUAUCAAUGUAACUCUAUGAUAUCUUAUAUCCAGCCCAUUUCCAAAUUUCUCCCAUUGUCCCCAAAACAUAUUUUACAGUUUUAUAAGGUAGAAUUGGCAUACAAUAAAUGGAACUUGUUUAAAGUCUACAAUUUGAUGAGUUUUGCACCUUUCCAACCAUCGCUACAAUAUGAACAUAUCCAUCAACCCAAAAAAGUUUCCUUAUACCUCUUUGUCAUCCAGCCCUCUUUCCCCACAUCCUUCCCCCAUCCACAGGCAAUCACUCAUCUGUUUUCUAUUAUUAUAGAUUAGUUUGCAUUUCUGACAAUUUUAUAUACAUGGAAUAAUACUAUAGGCACUCUUGUUUGGCUCCUUCCAUUCAGCGUAAUUAGUUUGAGAUUCAUUCAUGUUGUUAUAUGCAUCUGUAUUCAUUCCUUUUUAUUGCUAAGUGUUAUUUCAUUAUAUGGACUAUCAGAAUUUAUUUGCCCAUUCAUAUUUUGAUGGAAAUUUGUAUUUCUAGGUUUUGGCUAUUACAAAUAAAACUGAUGUGAACAUUUGUUUACAAGUCUGUGUGGACAUAGUUUUCAUUUCUCUUGAAUAAAGGCCUAGGAGUGAAUGGCUUGGUCAUAUGGUAGGUGUAUACUUAACUAAGAAAUUGUCAAACUGCUUUCCAAAGUGGUUGUGCUAUGUUACAUUUUUACCAGCAGUAUAUAAGAGCUGCAGUUGCUUCAUUUGGUAUGAUCAUUGUUUUUAAUUUUAGUCAUUUAAUGGGGGUGUAGUGGUAUUUCACUGUGGUUUUAAAUAUACACUUCCCUAGUAAGUAAUGUUGUUGAGCAUCUUUUCUUGUGUUUAUUUACCAUCUGUAUACCAUCUUGGUUGAUGUAUCUUUUUAAACAUUUUUCCCAUUUGUAAAUUCAGUUGUUUGUGUUAUUAUUGAGUUGGAAGUUUUCUUAUAUAUCCUAGAUAUACCUUUUUUGGAUGUAUAUUUUGCAAACAGUUUCUUCUAGGUUUGCUUUUUCAUUUAAAUAACAGAAGACCAAAAGUUUUUAAUGUUAAUAAAUUCAGUUCAUUUUUGUUUUCUUUAUAGUUCAUGCUUAAGGUCAUGGUUAAGAAAUUUUUGCAAAGCUCAAGGUCAUUAAGAUAAAAGUUUUUAAAAAGAUUUAUCUUAUGCCUUCUUCUAGAAGUUUUAUAAUAUUGGCUCUUAUAUUUGGUUACCUGAUCCAUUUUUAUUUAAUUUUGUAUAUCAUGUAAAUCCUUUCCAAAGAUAAAGAUUUAGGUUGAUUUUGUUUUGUAUAUGGCUGUCCAGUUGUUCCAGAACCAUUUGUUGAAAAUAAUAAUGCACUGGAUUGCCUUGAUAUUUUCAUUUAAAAAUUAAUUGGCUGGUUCUGUUUUAGUUUUCUGUUAUGCCAGUACCACUACUGCCAGUACUACACCAUUACUAUAGCUUCUGUACCACUGUAGCAUUACUCUUUCCUGUAGCUUCAUAAGUCUUGAAGUCAGAUAAUGUAAAUCCUCUAACUUUAUUCCUCUUUUUCUCAGAUGUUUUGGCUAUUCUGGUUUUUCUUUGAAUUUCCAUAUAAAUUUUAGAAUCAACUUGUCAGUUACUAUUAAAAGCCUGCUGGGAUUUUGAGAUUUAAUUGAAUGAAUAGAUCUAUGUGAAGAGAAUUGACAUCUUAAUGAUAUUGAGUUUUCAUAUCCAUAAACAGGGUAUAUUGUUCCAUUUACUUAGGUUUUUAAUUUUUCUUAGAAGUGCUUUGUAGUUUUCAAGUGUACAAGUCCUACACAUAUUUUGUCAAAUUCAUCUCUAAAUAGUUCAUAUCUGUGCUAUUUUGAAUGGUACUAGUCAUUUUUAAAUUUCAAUUUCCAAUACUUCUUUGCAAGUAUAUAGAAAUAUAAUUGACUUCUAUGUGUUGAUCUUGUAUACAAUAACCUUGCUAAACUCACUUACUACUUCUGGUAAUUCUGUAGAUCCUGUAAGCUUUCCUACACAGACAACCAUGUCAUCUGUGAAGUAUGAGAGUUUCACUUCUUCCUUUCCACUAUAGGUGCUGUUUCUUUUUUUUUUGUCUUAUUGCAUUGACUAAAACCUACAGUAUAAUGUUGAAUAGAAGUUGUCAGAGUAUAUAUCUUUGCCUUUUUCUUGAUCUUCAGAAGAAAACAUUUAGUCUUUCACUAUUGAGUAUGAUAUUAGCUAUAUGUUUUUCAUACAUGAUUUUUAUCCGCUUGAUGAAGUUGCCUGUAUUCCUAGUUUGUUGAUAGUUUAUCAGGAAUAGGUGUUAAAUUUUGUCAAAUGUUUUUUCUCCAUCAAGAUGAUCAUAUAGUUUUUCUUUUUUAGUUGGCGAAUUUUUUAAAUUACAUUAUUGAUAGUUAAACAAAUCUAGUAUUCCUGGAAUUAAACUCUUCUUGGUCAUGAUGUACUACCAUUUUUAUAUUUCACUAGAUUCACUUGACUAAAAGUUUUGUUAAGUACUUUUGCAUUUAUGUUUAUGUGGGGCACUGGUCUAUCGUUUUCUUCUCUUGUAUUUUCUUUGUCUACUUUUGGUAUCAGGGUAAUGCUGGACUCCCAGAAUGAAUUGGGAAGUGGUACCUCCUCUGAAAGAGUUAGUGUGGAAAUUAUAUCUCCUUUUAAUGUUUGAUACAAUUUUCCAGUGAAGUCAUUUGGUCCUAGAAUUCUUUUGUGAAAAGGCUUUUAACUACAAAUUAAUUUCCCUAAUAGUUAGGAAACUAUUCAGGUUGCCACAUUCGUCUUCAUUGAGUUUUGUUUGUAUCUUUCGAAGGACUUCUCUAUUUUACUUAAGUUGUCUAACUUAGGAACAUGAAGUUGUUUGUCACAUCCCCUUUUUAUCUGUAGAAUUGGCAGUGACGUCUCUUCUCUCAUUCUUGAUAUCAGUAAUUUGUGUAUUCUCUUUUUUUCUCCUGAUCAGUCUGGCUAGCAGUUUCUCAAUUUAUUGAUUUUCUCAAGAAGCUAUUAGUGUCCUUUAUUUUCUCUACUGUUUUUCUAUUUUGGAUUUUAUUGAUUUAUGCUUUUAUUAUUUCCUUUUUCUGCUUAUUUUACUUAAAUGUGCUCAUUUUCUAGUUUCUGUGGUUGAAGCUGAGGUCACUGAUUUGAGAUUGUCCUUCUUUUGUAGUAUAAAGUUUUAGUGAUAUAAAUUAUCCUCUAAGUACUAAUUUAGUAGCAUCUCACAUAUUUUGAUGUUUUUAUAUUUUUACAUUGAUACUGUAUUGUGAUGAUAUUUUUACAUUGUUUUUACAUUUUCUUUAAUUCAAAAUACUUCCUAACUUAGGAUUUCUUCUUUGUCCCAUAGGUUAUUCAGAUGUUUAUUAUUCAGUAUGCAAAUACUUGAGAGUUUUUUACUUAUCUUUUCUUAUUAUUUAUAAUUUGAUUGAUUCCAUUGUGAUCAGAGAACAUACUUUAUAGGACUUGAAUACUUACAAAUUAACUGAGACUUCCUCUAUGGCCCUGAAUAUGGUCUGUAUUGUUAAAAAGGUCCAUGCAUACUUGUAAAGAAUAUGUAUUCUACUAUUGUAUAGCAUGAUCUAUAAAUGUGAAUUAAGUCAAGAUUUUUGUUAGUGUGGUUCAAGCCUUCUGUAGACUUACAGAUUUUCCUAUACAGUAGUCCCGCUCUUAUCCACAGGGGAUAUGUUUCAAGACUCCGAGCGGAUGCCUGAAACCCUGGACAGUCCUAAACCCUAUAUACUAUGUUUUUCUAAUCUGAUAACCAAGAUGGCUGCUAAGUGACUAGCAAGUGGAUAGCAUAUGCAGCAUGGAGUUGCUGGAAAAAUGGAGGAUUCACUUGCAGGCAGGACAUAGUGGGACGGUGUAAGAUUUUAUCAUGCUACUCAGAACUGUGAACCAUUUAAAACUUAUGAAUUUUUAAUUUCUGGAAAUUUCCCUUUGAUAUUUGUGAACUGCAAUUGACUGUGGGUAACUGAAACUAUGGAAAUCAAAAUUACAGAUAAGUGGGGACUACUGUAUUUAUUCUCUCAGUUAUUGAGGAAAGGUACUGAAAUCUCUAACUAAAAUUGCGUUUUUUCUAUUUCUCCUUUUAGUUAUACCAGUUUAUACUUUGUCUGUUUUGCAGCUCUGUUAUCAAGUACACAAGCAUUUAAGAUUGUUAAGUCCUAUUUUUAAGUAGACACUUUUAUCACUAUGGAAUGACACUGUUGUGGUAAAAUUCUUGCAUUACAAUAACCACUCCAUGUUUCUUUUUAUCAGUUUUAGCAAGUAUGUAUUUUUCCACUACCUAUCUACAUAUCUUCUUAUUGUAAAAUGAUUUUAUACGUACAGAAGAACUAUAAAGAUAACAGAGUGUUCCCGCAUACCCAUCAUUCAUCUUCCCCUAAUGUUAACAUUAUACAUAAUCUUGAUAGAUUUUUCUCUAAAUAAUAAUGUUAAUUAAACGACAUACUUUAUUGAGAUUUCCCUUGUUAUUUCAUUACUGACUGUGACUUUGGAGGUCCCAAAGACCACCUUCAGAUUCAAUAAUUCACUAGAAGCACUCACAGAACUCUGAAAAGCCACUAUAUACUGACAGUUACAGUUCAUUACAGUGAAAGGAUACAUAUUGAAAUCAACAAGGGGAAGAGGCAUAUUGGGCAGAGUCUGGGAGACACCAGGCAUAGAGUUUCUAGUUGCACUCUCCCAGUAGAGUAAUGCAGUUAGCACUUAUUUCUAGCAGCAAUGAUGUGUGACAAUACACAGGGACUAUUGCCAACCAGGCAGAUUACCUGAGCCAAGUCUAGAGUUUUUAUUGGCAGUCGGUUACAUAGACAUGACUGAGUUCCUCUGCAUGGCUGACUUUACUCUCCAGCUCCUCCAGAGGUUAAGUGUUACUGCAUGGCUCAAGACCCCCCAGGUAACCAAGGACAUUCUUAUCAAGCAGGACAUUCCAAGGACCUAGAGGUUACCUCCUAGGAGCCAGGAACAAAAAGCCAGACCUUCUUUGAGCAAGAUUAAUCCUUUACUGCGUACUGACUCUUUUCUGUUCCAGGAUGCAAUCCAGGAUGUCACAUUAGACUUAGCUGUCGUAUUUCCCUAGCCUCUUCCAAUCUGUGGCAGCUCUUGGUUUUUCUCUGUUUUCAUGACCUUGACACUUUUGAAGAAUAGUCAUGAAUAUUGUAGAAUGUUCCUCAAUUUGGUUUCAUCUGAUUUUUUGUCAUGAGAAGAUUGAGGUUGUGAAUUUGAGGGAUGGAUAUCACUAAAUCAUAGUCCCUUCUUACUGCAUUAUUUCAGGAGAUAGUCGACACCAACAUCAUUUAUUACUAGUGAUGUUAAUCUUGAUCACUUUGUUAUGGUGUUGUCUCCUGAGUUUUUCUGUUGCAAAAUUAUUAUUUUUCUUCUUUCCAUACUUUUCAUUGGAAAUGAGCCAAAGUCCCACUCAUACUAAAGGGGAGUGCAUUAAGCUCUACCUUCUGGACAGAGGGGUAUCAAAGACUUUGUGGUCAUAUCUUAAAACUACCACAGGGGAAUUUCUUUGAUGUUACACAGAUAAUCUGUUUCUCCUUAAAGUUUUGCCCAGUAAUUUCAGCCUUCAGCAACUACUGUGUUUUUCUAAUAGUGAUUUUCUGUUUCCUUCAUUGCUUUCACAUUUGUUGGAUUACGUUUAUAGAUUUGUGUAUGUUGAACCAGCCUUGCAUCCCCAGGAUGAAGCCUACUUGAUUGCAAUGGACAAGCUUUUUGAUGUGCUGUUGCAUUCUGUUUGCCAGUAUUUUGUUGAAGAUACUCACAUAAAUGUUCAUCGUAGAUAUUGGCCUGAAAUUUUCUUUUUUAGUUGUACCUCUACCAGGUGUUGGUAUUAGGAUGACAUUGGUCUCAUAAAAUGAGUUAGGGAGGAUUCCCUCUUUUUGUACUGUUUGGAAUAGUUUCAGGCGGAAUGGUACCAGCUCCUCUUUGUAUGUCUGGUAGAAUCCGGCUGUGAACCCGUCUGGACCUGGGCUUUUUGUGGUUGGUAGGCUAUUAAUUGCUGCCUCAAUUUCAGACCUUGUUAUUGAUCUAUUCAGGGAUUCAACUUCUUCCUGGUUUAGCCUUGGGAGGGUGUAAGUGUCCAGGAAUUUAUCCAUUUCUUCUAGAUUUACUGGUUUAUGUGCAUAGAGAUGUUUGUAGUAAUCUCUGAUGGUAGUUUGUAUUUCUGUGGAAUCGGUGGUGAUAUCCCCUUUAUCAUUUUGUAUUGCAUCUAUUUGAUUCGUCUCUCUUUUCUUCUUUAUUAGUCUGGCUAGUGGUCUCCAGCUCCUAGAUUCGUCAAUUUUUUGAAGGGCUUUUUGUGUCUCUAUCUCCUUCAGUUCUGCUCUGAUCUUAGUUAUUUCUUGUCUUCUGCUGGCUUUUGAAUUUGUUUGACCUUGCUCCUCUAGUUCUUUUAAUUGUGACAUUAGGGGGUCAAUUUUAGAUCUUUCCUCGCUUCUCAUGUGGGCAUUUAUUGCUAUAAAUUUUCCUCGAGACACUGCUUUAAAUGUGUCCCAGAGAUUCUGGUAUGUUGUGUCUUCCUUCUCAUUGGUUUCGAAGAACAAUUUUAUUUCUACCUUCAUUUCACUAUACAGUAGUCAUUCGGGAGCAGGUUGUUCAGUUUCCAUGUAAUUGUGUGGUUUUGAGUGAGUUUCUUAAUCCUGAGUUCUAAUUUGAUUGCCCUGUGGUCUGAGAGACUGGUUGUUAUGAUUUCCGUUCUUUUGCAUUUACUGAGGAGUGAUUUACUUCCAAUUAUGUGGUCAGUUUUAGAGUAGGUGUGAUGUGGUGCUGAGAAGAAUGUAUAUUCUGUGGAUUUGGGGUGGAGAGUUCUGUAGAUGUCUAUUAGGCCAGGUUGGUCCAGAUUUGAGUUCAAGUCCUGGAUAUCCUUGUUAAUCGUCUGUCUCAUUGAUUUGUCUAGUAUUGACAGUGGAGUGUUAAAGUAUCCCACUAUUAUUGUGUGGGAAUCUAAGUCUCUUUGUGGGUCGUUAAGACCUUGCUUUAUGUAUCUGGGUGCUCCUCUAUUGGGUCCAUAUAUAUUUAGGAUCAUUAGCUCUUCUUGUUGCAUUGAUCCCUUUACCAUUAUGUAAUGCCCUUUGUCUCUUUUGAUCGUUGUUGGUUUAAAGUCUCUUUUAUCAGAGACUAAGAUUGCAACCCCUGCUUUUCUUUGCUCUCCAUUUGCUUGGUAAAUCUUCCUCCAUCCCUUUAUUUUCAGCCUAUGUGUAUCUUUGCAUGUGAGAUGGGUUUCCUGAAUACAGCACACUGAUGGGUCUUGACUCUUUAUCCAAUAUGCCAGUCUGUGUCUUUUUAUUGGGGCAUUUAGCCCAUUUGCAUUUAAGGUUAAUAUUGUUAUGUGUGAAUUUGAUCCUGCCAUUUCGAUACUAGCUGGUUGUUUUGCCCGUUAGUUGAUGCAGUUUCUUCAUUGUGUAGAUGGUCUUUACCAUUUGGUGCAUUUUUGCAGUGGUUGGUACUGGUCAUUCCUUUCCCUGUUUAGUCCUUCCUUCAAGAGCUCUUGUAAGGCAGGCCUGGGCUUUCACAUUUGUUAAUUGGGAUUCUUCUGUAAGGAAGUUAUGUCCUGUCUCCCCUGCUUAUUUGUUUAUUCAAUCAUUUACUUAAUGUCAGUAUGGAUGAAGAUUCUUUUUCUUUGCGUUAUAAUAAAAUAAGAUUUUAUUCUUUGUGUUAUAAUCAAAUACUACAUUAUUCAUUAUGUGGCACAAAUUGUUACAGGCUUGGCUAUUGUUAGAUCUUUCAGGUUGGUUCCUGUGUUCCUUUUACAUGACCCCAUUCUUUUAUUGGUAGUUGGUGGGGGGCACUUCCUUACUCUCUGGAACUAUAAGGUGGUCCAGGCUUAUCAUGUAUUUUCCUUGUCCCAGACAAAGAAUCCACUAUUUAUUUCUCCAAGGAGAUCUGGUUCCUUUUGCUGGAAAAUGGCAUUUAGAAAUCAAGCUAUUAAGAUCAGGUAUGUUCAUUGUUACUGGUUUGUCACUGCUAGGAGUGUCACAGAGCUAGGAAAUUCAUGCUUGUAUUCUAAUCCAUGUAUGCACAUAUACCUAUUUUUAUUUCUUUAUCUAUCUGUAUACAUUGGAUAUAAACAUAGCCGGGUGUGGUGGCUCAUGCCUGCAAUCCCAGCACUUUAGGAGGCCAAAAUGGGCAGAUCACCUGAGGUCAGAAGUUUGAGACCAGCUUUGCCACAUGGUGAAACCCCAUCUCUACUAAAAAUACAAAAAUCAGCUGGGCAUGGUGGCAUGUGCCUGUAAUUCCAACUAUUCAGGAGGCUGAGGCAGGAGAAUUGCCUGAACCCAGGAGGCAGAGGUUGCAGUGAGCCACGAUGACACCACCGCACCCCAGUCUGGGUGACAGAGUGAGACUCCGUGUCGAAAAAAUAAAUUAAAUAAAUAAAUAAAAACAUUAAGUUCAUACUGACAUCUCCAACUCAAAUCCAGCACUGCAGGGUUCGUUCUAGCCUUCUCCCUGCCCUUGCUUAUUUGUUCUUCUUUCUUCGUCAAUUUGGAAGGAAAAACAGUUGACUACAUUUGUGUGGGCCUAUUUAGGAUUUCUCUACUCUGUUCUGUUGAUUUUUAUUUCUGGCCUUUUGUCAAUGCCACACUGUCUUCAUUACUGUAGCUCUAUAGCAAGUCUUGAAAUUGGGUAGUGCAAGUUCUCCAACUUUGUUUUCUUUUUCAGAAUUGUUUUGGCUAUUCUUGCUCCUUUAUUUUAUCAUGUUAAUUUUAAAAUCAGCUUGUUGGUACCUCAAAAGGGCUUUCUUGGAAUGUGAUUGAGAUUAUGUUGCAUCUACAGAUAAAUUAGGGAGAAUUGCUAUCUUAACUAUAUUGAGUCUAACCAUCUAUGAGCAUCGUUUGUCUUUUCAUUUAUUUAGAUCGGGGUGUGCAAUCUUUUGGCUUCUUUCAGCCACAUUGGAAGAAGAAUUAUAUUGGGCCACACAUAAAAUAUGCUAACAACAAUGAUAGCUGAUGAGCUAAAAAAAAAAAAAAGAAAAAAGAAAAAAGAAAAAAAUCACAAAAACAUCUCACAAUGUUUUAAGAAAGUUUACGAAUUUGUGUUGGGCUGCAUUCAAAGCCAUCCUGGGCUACAUGUGGCCUGCAGGCCAUGGGCUGGACAAGCAUAAUUUAGAUCAUCUUUUCUUUCUUUCUUUUUUAAAUUUUUCAGCAUAUAGAGCUCACAUAUAUUUAUGUAUACACACACACCUAAGUACUUCAUUUUUGGCAAUAUUGUAGAUGUUAUAUUUUAAAAUUUCAAAUUCUGAUUGUUCAUAGAUAGUAUAUAGGAUGCAACUGACUUUUGUAUAUGACAAUGUAUCCUGUAACCUUGCUAAACUCACUUACUAGUUCUGGGUAAUUUUUUGUAGAUUUGUAAUAUUUUCUACAUAGACAAUAAUGUCUGGAAAUAUUCUUUUCCAAUCUGAAUGCCUUUUAUUUCUUUUCCUUAUCUUAUUGCACUGUGUAGAACUUGUAGCACAAUAAGAAUAAGAAUGAUCAAAGAGGACACCUUGCCUUGCUUCUGAUCUUAGGAAGAAUGCAUGUAAUUUCUCAUUGUUCAGUAUCAUGUAACUUGUAGGUUUUUGUAGAUGCCAUUUAUUGGGUUAAAUAAUUUUCAUUCUAUUCCUAGUUUGCUAUGAGUUUUUAAAAAUCACAAAUGGAUAUUCAGUUUUGUCGAAUGCUUUCUCUGCAUCUACUGAGAUAAUUAUGUGAUUUGUCGUAUUUAAUAGUCUGUUAAUACGGUGAAUUACAAUGAUUGAUUUUCAAAUGCUGAAACGGCUUUGCACUCCUGGCAUGAACCCCUCUGUUAUGAUAUGUUUUUAUAUCUAUAUAUAAAAUCAUAUUUACAUAUAUCUAUAUAUAUAAAACUAAUGUUUUGGUGAAGAUUUUUAUGUCAUACUCAUGAGGGAUAUUAGUCUGCAGUUUUUUUUUCUGUCAUAUCUUUUUCUGGUUGUGGUAUUUGGGCAAUGCUGGCCUAAUAAAAUGAAUUGGGAAGUGUUCCCUCCUCUUUCUUCUGGAAGAGUUUAUGUAUUGUGAAAUGUUGGCAAGGAUGUGGAGAAAUUAGAACUCUCAUGUAUUGUUUGUGGGAAUGUAAAAUGGCAUAGCCUCUGAAGAAAACACUUGGUGGUUCCUCAAUAAAUUAAAUGUGUAAAAUUGU